UUUCUUCCAGUCCUCAGUUCAUUGGGCCCCAAGUUUACCCCAGCCAGAGAUGGGGCAGUGUCACUCACUGUGCUAGAAUGCUCUAGAACCUCCAGACAAAGGGCUGGAAUCAGGAUCACAGAGCAUUCCAAUGCCUUCCCAGCCUAGGUGGGGCCAGCCAUCCCUCCAGCAGCCCCCAGCAGGCCUCAUGUGGACACUGGCACUAGGUGGGAUCUUCCUGGCAGCCGUUGAGGCUUGUGUCUUCUGCCGCUUCCCAGACCGUGAGUUGUCGGGCCGCCUGGCUCGGCUCUGCAGCCAGAUGGAGGUCCAGUGGAAGGACUGUGAGGUCUCCUGGACAUUCUCGGCCUUUGCCUUAGAUGAUGCAUCCUUGAACAAAAUCACAGAGAAGACUCACAGAGUCCUGAGAGUCGUGGAGAUCAAAGGGUCUCUCUACUCACUCCCUUCAUAUUGGCAAUGGCUUCAAAAGACCAAGCUCCUGGAGUACAACAGAGAAGCUCUCUGCCCUCCCGCCUGCCGGGGCAGCACCAUCCUGUACAACUGUUCCACCUGCCAGGGUUUCGAGGUGUACUGUUGGCCCCGAAAGCGCUGCUUCCCAGGAAGUCACGAUCUUUGGGAAGCUCGGAUCCUGCUCCUCUUUGUGUGCGGAACUGCCCUGCUCCUGGGUGUUCCGAGCCUCGCGGUGGAGUGAGUUGCGGGAUCAGGGCGGGAGACAGCCUCACCACUUCCCACCAGUACCCCCUCAUCCUUCCUCCUGCCCUCGCGGCCCUUCCCUCCUCCUUUCCCAGGCCUCCCACCCUCUGUUUUCCCUCAGGUACAACCACUUCCGAGCAAAAAGUUGACUUGUGAAAACGAGGACAGAGUCUAGCCUCCAGUUCUAAGGAGCUCGUGUACCCACGACGUCCACUUCUCUC